AUGAUCUGGAGCAAGAAGCGUUGGAAACGUCCGCCUAAUACAUGGCUUAAGUGCAAUUUUGCAUCCUCCUGGAACAAACAUACCAGAACCGGAGGAGUGCUUUGGGUUCUCAGAGAUGAGACAGAUUCAUCACGGCGGUGCUGGAACAACAACGACUGGGCUAAAGCUGGGUGUCCAACAACGAUUGUCCCGUUCUUUGGGGAUCAGUUCUUCUGGGGUGACAUGAUCUAUGAGAGAGGACUUGGGCCUGCACCAAUACCUAUAGCUCAACUCAAUGUUGAGAACCUUAGUAAUUCCAUAGGAUUCAUGCUUCAACCAGAGGUGAAAUCACGAGUGAUGGAACUAGCGAAAGUACUGGAGAACGAGGAUGGUGUAGCUGCAGCAGUUGAUGCAUUCCACAGGAAUUUGCCACCAGAGCUGCCAUUGUGA